AUGGCUGAGUGGAAGCGGGACGCGAACCACGAUGGGUUGUUGCACUUCGAACAGCUAGUGUUCCGUUUCGAUCCCUUUAUUCAUCGUUUGAGCAACCAAAAAUUCGAUUGCAAGAAAGACCACAGCCUCGUUGCGAUUCGACAUUUUCUUGUGGCACAACAGAUACUGCUAAGCCUCUCGCAGUACAAUGAGCGACAUCGCUCGCAUGGUGCCCCACCAUCGCUCAGAGUCGACUUUGCGGCACUUGUAUUGCGGUACACGAAUCGAGCAUUGAGUAUUGCGUUGGAACAGUCUAAAACUGCAUUGUGGUGA